AUGCCGCCCAAGAAAGCUGCCAUCGCCGCCGCGGCGUCCAAGAGCGCCAAGAAGAAGAAAUGGUCCAAGGGCAAGGUUAAGGACAAGGCCCAGAACGCUGUUGUUCUCGACCGCCCCACGUACGACCGAAUCCUCAAGGAGGUGCCCACUUUCAAGAUGAUCUCGCAGUCGACGCUGAUUGACCGCAUGAAGAUCAACGGUUCGCUCGCCCGUGUGGCCAUCCGCCACCUGGAGCGCGAGGGCCAGAUCAAGCGUCUGAUCCACCACCACGGUCAGCUCGUCUACACGCGUGCUUCCGCCGAGUAA